CACUCUCCUCCUCCUCCUCCUCCUCCUCCUCUGUUUCUCUGCUGCCCGGGUCUCAGAGAGAGAGAGAGAGAGAGAGAGACGGAGUGAUCGAGCUCGAGACGGAGAGCGCAGAUUACAGCGCGUGAGAUGUGGGAUCUCUACGCAUGGCUCGGGGCUUUCUUCAUCAUCAUAGCUCUGCUCGUCGUCAUCGUCUUCCAGCUCAUGUGCUUGGCAGAUCUGGAGUUUGAUUACAUAAAUCCUUAUGAUUCCUCAUCGCGUAUAAACAGAGUGGUGAUGCCAGAGUAUAUUGGACAAGGAGUGCUAUGCUUCUUCUAUCUCGUAACAGGGCAUUGGUUUAUGUCCCUGUUAUGUGUUCCAUAUCUAUACCACAACGUGCAAUUGUACAUGCAAAGGCAGCACCUUGUUGAUGUCACGGAGAUAUACAACAUGCUCAGGUGGGAAAAGAAACAGCGGCUUUUCAAACUGGGUUAUCUGAUUUUGUUGCUCUUCCUCUCCAUAUUUUGGAUGAUCAUGGGUGCGCUGAACGAACACGAUUGAAUUGGGAAAUCACUUGUUGUCUGAAGUUAUUCGGUUUCGGAUGGGCUUGUGUUGGCGGUCCUCGUGGGUUACUGCUUUAACAUGACGACGGGGAUCUGCGGAUGCUGAAAACUCUCGGGGAGUUUGGACUCUGUAGGAUUUUAGGGUGUUCUGUUAAUUUAUUUGAAGUGAGAUUUCGAGGAAAUUUGCAGUGAUUCCUCCUCCUCCUUCUCUUCUUAGGCUGUAGGACUGUACUGUUGACUUUUGUAUCUUUGCCGUCCUAUACACGCAAUUCAGGCGCGUACUUGGAAUGAGAAUGCAUGUUCUAGAAAAAUUUACUCUUUGGCCAAGAGUAGAAUCAUUCGUCCCUGAAGGGGUCUAUCAAAA